AUGUUCCGCCUCUCGUCUCGGCGGCUUCUGCUUGACAAGUUGAGCCAGACGAGGCUCGGGUCGGAGGUACUGGCCCAGACGCGCAGCGAGAUGCAGCACCUCGAGCGCAAAGACAGUGCUCUCAUGCGCUUCAUGAGCCGACGUCGCCCCAUCGACUACUUGGCGAUCGAGGUUGACGGCCCCGUCACGAAGGAGCUGCACCCGUCUUUCCGUUACGUCAAGAACAUCAUUACGUGCUUCGUCUUCGUCCCCUUCGUUGUGCUGCUGGUCGCGGGUCACCUGCAGCCAACUUACUAUUUCCUCGUUUGCACUGGCUUGGUGCCCUACGACCACUACGUGCAGAUGUGGUCCUUCUCGAACUGGGCGAUCGUGUUGGUAGGGCAGCUAUUCUUUGCGCUGGUGGUAUACGACUUGUCCGUCUACGUACGGUAUCCCCUCUUUGCCCACGUGCUGGCACCAGCGUAUCGCAAGAUGGGCUGGUUUCGCCCUUCCCCGGCGGCAAGUCUCACACUGGAGCAGCUGAAGACCGGGGCAUCUCGUCGUGUGCAAGCACGUCCGCUUGGACGUCCUCUCGGUGAGGUGCGGAGGGGAAAAAAACCCGCGGCUGCGCCGACGGCAGGUCCGUUGAGACGCACUCCGAAGUCGUGA